CCAUGGGGGCGGACAGCGGCAGGGCGCGGAGCCCCCUUCCCCAUUGAGAAGGCCCCUCGUCCCGGCGCCGAUGCCGCACUGUCGCUUCUUCCCCGGCCCCUGAGAGACUUCCCCCCGCCCAGCUCCGCUCCUUCCCCGCCUUGCCCUCCUCAUGCCAGACGGAGCCCCUCGCUUCGGAGACGCCCUGCAGCAGCCCCGCUGGGCUGGGGGCCUGCGGCUGCCCCCGCGGUAUGAGAGGAGCUGCUCCCGCCGCCGGGGGCAGCCAGGAGAGGGGCAAGCUCCUACCCCGCCGCCGGUUGCUGUGAGGCGGCUGUAGCUGCCUUGGCUGGAGGAAGACCCCCUUUGUUUUCUCUCCCUUCCUUCUUCCUUCGCGGGGGCUUCAUGCCCCGCUGAGGGAUGAUGGAGGUGGUGGGAGACUUUGAGUACAGCAAGAAGGACCUGAUAGGACACGGAGCCUUUGCUGUGGUCUUCAAAGGUCGCCACCGCAAGAAAACUGAUUGGGAAGUAGCCAUAAAGAGUAUUAACAAAAAGAACUUGUCAAAGUCACAAAUCCUACUUGGAAAAGAAAUAAAAAUCUUAAAGGAACUUCAGCAUGAGAACAUUGUAGCUCUUUAUGAUGUCCAGGAAAUGCCCAAUUCUGUCUUCUUGGUAAUGGAGUACUGCAAUGGUGGGGACUUGGCAGAUUACUUACAAGCUAAAGGAACUCUUAGUGAAGACACCAUCCGUGUGUUCCUCCAGCAGAUUGCAGCAGCAAUGCGCAUUCUGCACAGUAAAGGAAUCAUUCACAGGGAUCUUAAACCACAGAAUAUUUUGCUGUCUUACGCCAGUCGUAGGAAGUCAAGUGUCAGUGGGAUACGCAUUAAAAUAGCUGACUUUGGUUUUGCUCGUUAUCUGCAUAGCAACAUGAUGGCUGCAACUCUGUGUGGUUCCCCUAUGUAUAUGGCCCCUGAAGUGAUUAUGUCUCAACACUAUGAUGCAAAAGCAGAUCUGUGGAGCAUAGGAACUGUGAUUUAUCAGUGUCUUGUUGGAAAGCCACCUUUUCAGGCCAAUAGUCCUCAAGAUUUGAGAAUGUUUUAUGAAAAGAACAGGAAUUUGAUUCCUAGUAUUCCUAGGGAAACAUCAGCUUAUCUGGCUGACCUGCUGUUGGGUUUGCUUCAGAGAAACCAAAAAGAUAGAAUGGACUUUGAAGCAUUUUUCAACCACCCUUUCCUGGAUCAGAUUUCAACAGUCAAGAAAUCUUGUCCUGUACCUGUGCCUACAUAUGCAGGCUCAGUCUCGGGCAGUUCCUGUGGUAGCUCUCCUUCAUGCCGUUUUGCUUCUCCUCCAUCUCUGCCAGACAUGCAGCAUAUUCAAGAAGAAAAUUUGUCUUCACCUCCGUUGGGUCCUCCGAACUAUCUCCAGGUCUCUAAAGACUCUGCCAGUACCAGUAGUAAGAACUCAUCUUGUGACACAGAUGACUUUGUUCUUGUCCCACACAAUAUUUCUUCAGACCACUCAUAUGAUAUGCCGUUGGGAGCAGCUGGCAGGCGGGCUUCGAGCGAGUUCUUGAUGUGUGGAGGGCAGUCACCAUUAACUACUUCUGGAAGCUCAGGAACUGUACAGAAACCAUCCUCAGCCUCUUCUCGAAGUACUGCUUCUGGUACAGCUAACAGGCAUUGUCAGCCUUCGGUAUCCCCCCGCAGCGAAACAGCACCGAUCCCAGUUCCCACUCAGCUGCGGAAUUACCAGCGCAUAGAACAGAACCUCUCCUCUACUGCCAGCCCCGUGUCAAACCCCCACGGAUCACCAAGAGCUGGAGUUGUGAGACGCUCAAAUACCAGCCCGAUGGGUUUCGUGAAGAUGGGCUCCUGUUCUCCAGUGCCAGCUGACACGGGUGUUGGGCGCAGGUUAUCCACAGGAUCUUCUAGACCCUAUUCUCCUUCACCACUAGUUGGAACCAUACCUGAGCAGCUUGGACACUGUUGUUGCGGACAGCUUCAAGGACAUGAAUCGAGGAGUAGAAACUUCUCAGGUUCUCCAAUACCACCAUCUCCGUCUCCGCAGUCACUUCUGAUGGGAGCAAGGUUGCAGAGUGCGCCUACUCUCACAGAUAUUUACCAGAACAAGCAGAAGCUCAGAAAGCAGCAUUCAGACCCAGUAUGCCCAUCCUAUGCUGGCUAUGGAUACAGUCACUCUCCACAGCCAAGUAGGCCAGGUAGCCUAGGAACAUCGCCUACCAAACAUAUGGGAUCAUCACCUAGGAGCUCAGACUGGCUGUUCAAAACCCCAUUACCAACAAUUAUUGGCUCUCCUACUAAGGCAACUGCUCCUUUCAAAAUACCUAAAACUCAAGCAUCCUCAAACUUGCUGGCCCUGGCUAAUCGCCAGGGCUUGGUAGAUCCCCCACUGCAGCCUAAAGACAUCACUGACCCAAGGGAUUUCACACACUUCCACUCAACCCAAGGAGGUGAAAAGCAGGCAGGAGAACAGCACAGUAAAACUACCUUUGGCAGGUCUGUUAGUACUGGGAAGCUCUCAGAUCAACAGGUAAAGACUACCCUUGGUGGCCAGUUAUAUCAAGGCAGCACAGACAGCCUCAAUACGGAGAGACCAAUGGAUACAGCUCCAGCAGGGGCCUAUGGAAUUGCAAUGGCACCUCCUUCCAUGGGAAGCGGGGCAAGUUCUCGGGCUGUCAUGUUUACUGUUGGGUCCCCUCCAAGCAGCACAACCCCUCCUACCUGCACCCAUAUGGUCCUCAGAACAAGAACCACCUCAGUUGGAUCAAACAGUUCUGGAGGGUCUCUCUGCUCUACUAGUGGCCGUGUAUAUAUGGGCUCUCCUCCUGGUAUUUAUAUGGGUUCUUCUCCUCCGGGAGCCGAGGCAGCUCCAAGUCUGAAGUACAUGCCUUAUGGUACUUCGCCUCCCAGCUUAGAGGGCUUUAUCACUUUUGAAGCUCCUGAAUUGCCUGAGGAAACUUUAAUGGAGAGAGAACAUACAGAUACACUACGUCAUCUAAACAUGAUGCUGACAUUUACAGAAUGUGUUCUGGACCUGACAGCAGUGCGAGGAGGAAACCCAGACCUGUGUACUUCUGCGGUAUCACUGUACCAAAUCCAAGAGAGCAUAGUUGUUGAUCAGAUCAGCCAGCUAAGCAAAGAAUGGGGACAAGUGGAGCAGCUGGUGUUGUACAUGAAAGCUGCCCAGCUGCUCGCAUCUUCGUUGCAUCUUGCCAAAGCACAGGUCAAAUCGGGGAAGCUGAACCCAUCCACUGCUGUUAAGCAAGUUGUGAAAAGCCUCAAUGAGAGAUACAAGUUCUGUAUUGGCAUGUGCAAGAAACUGACUGAAAAGUUGAAUCGUUUCUUUUCGGACAAGCAAAGGUUCAUUGAUGAAAUCAACAGUGUAACUGCAGAGAAACUCAUCUACAGCUGUGCUGUAGAAAUGGUUCAAUCAGCAGCUCUGGAUGAGAUGUUUCAGCAAACUGAAGAUAUUACGUAUCGAUAUCACAAGGCAGCCUUGCUGCUGGAAGGACUGACUAAAAUACUACAAGACCCUGCAGAUAUAGAAAAUGUACACAAGUAUAAAUCUAGCAUCGAGCGAAGGCUUUCUGCACUUUGCUGUAGUACAGUGGCUGUAUAUGAGCAGUAGAAAUAUCCCAAGGACCAGAUGGUGUGAACAUACGGGACCACAUCAGUGAUACUGCACUUUUUUCACUGCAGCUUAAUUGUUGUUCUUGUUCUGCCCCAUGUGGAAGAUGAUUCUUUCAUUUCUGUGGUGACUACCAAAGAAACAGCAGCAUUACUCAAAGAGGAGAUAUUCCAAAAGUACACUUGCCUUACUGAUCCAGCAGUUCCUUUUUCUUCCUAGCAACAGAAUUUAAGAGUCUCUCUUCACAUUUCAAACUGAUGUUUGUACGUGUGCUUUGGACUUGAAUGAUCAGGGGUUUUGGUGGGGUUUUUUUUUCCUCAUGAGGUUUAUAGUGAGUGGAUCUUUCUGCAUUACAUUCUACAUUUCCCUUGGAAGAUUCCCUCAAAUGUUUGUGAAAGGUAUUUUUAAGUUGUCAGUAAAAUGUGGCAGAGUGGAUUUGGGAAACCCUAACCACGUGCAAGUGCUGAUUGAAGGGGCUAAGCUGGCUUGUAUUGGAGCUCACAUGUUGUAAACGUGGCUCAGCUUGUUAUAUGAAGGGGAUGAUGAGGAAGUGCUCCUUUACACAGGGGAAAGAUGGUCAUGGAAGAAAUUGUGCUCCAUCUGUGUAACUUCCCCAGUGGCUUUUCAGCUGAUGUGGAUACAAUUUGAUGAUCUUCCAAAAUAUUUUGUUUUGCACUAAUUUACUAAAGCAACUGUAUAUUAAUUUUUGAAGAACUGU